AUGGAAUGGGGGAAAAAAAUGUUAAGACGUUUCACCUGGUUUCAGUACAAAGAAACUGAAGUGUUGGACGUCGAGGCGCUUAACAACACGAGAAGAGCGGACCGAAGCGUCUUAUUCUUCAAUCGUGUACCAAAAGUGGGCUCUCAAACCUUCAUGGAACUCUUGAGGAGGCUGUCCAUGAGAAACGGCUUCUCAUUCAACAGAGAUCGCGUGCAGAGAGUCGAAACAAUUCGUCUUGCGCCUAUUGAACAGAUUCAACCUGCCGCAGCCAAUUUACAUCAACAUAGUCCGGGAUCCUGUUGAGAGAGUGAUAUCCUGGUACUAUUACGUGCGAGCACCUUGGUAUUACGUCGAGAGAAAGCAAAUAUUUCCAGACCUACCACUGCCGGAUCCGAACUGGCUGAAGAAGGACUUCGAGUCCUGUGUACUUAAGGCGGACCGUGAAUGUAGAUACCUGGAGGGUGAAAUUCACGAGGGGAUCGGUGAUCAUCGCAGGCAGACGCUAUUUUUUUGCGGUCACAGCGAGAAAUGCACUCCGUUCAACACGGUGGGCGCUCUGGAACGAGCGAAAAUGGCAGUGGAGAAACACUAUGCGGUCGUCGGCGUGCUCGAGGACGUGAACACCACUCUCACGGUAUUGGAAAAUUACAUACCCCGAUUUUUCCGUGGCGCCACCGACGUCUACUACGACGAGGUGAACGCGUUCACGAGGAUCAAUCGAAACUUCUUCAAGCCACCGGUCAGCGAGGAAGUGAAAGACAUGGUGCGAGGCAACUUCACCAGGGAAAUCGAAUUCUAUCAGUUCUGCAAGCAACGGCUCUAUAAACAAUUGAGAGCAUUGAAGCUGACCAAAAAUAUGUACGAAAGCAAUGGC